UGAGCCCACCGUGGAUUAGUCUCGAUCAACUUAAGAGACGGAGCAUCGAAGGUUGUUGAGUAUUUGGAUGGAACGUUUCGUUGGAUAUCGGUGGAUGAUGCUUCAGACAUCAUCACUGUCCACAACUUGAAGGAUUUUCGAGUUAUCUUCAAGAGCAAGUUCUCUGUGUAUGAAGAGUCACAUAAUCCACAUUUUGAGGAGAUGAAAGUGGCGGUAGCGAUUAUCAGGUUGAGUUCUAUUGGGAGAACAAGCUUGUUCGAGAGUAAGUGUGAUACAAACUAAAUGCUAGUUCCCUAUUUUUGGUUUCUGUUACAUGCACAUACAUCUUUCCAUUAGGAGCACUGUUAAUGUCAUACAACAUUCUGAAACCAUUUCUUUCUUUUGAUCGACCAGACGAUUCAGGUUUUUCAAUAGUUGAUGAUUGCUCCAACUGUGGAUUUGAUAAUACCAUAUAGAACUUAUUAGUGGGAGAUAGAACUUAUUUUUCAGGAUAUAUGAUUGCUAGCUAAUGUACCAAGAGACUAUAGAGCACUAGCACAAAAAUGCAAGAAUCCAUGUAUAUAGUUAUUAUGUUUUUUUCUUUUUGUAGUCAUAAUGAUUAAUUUGAUGGAGAUUUGUGUUUCGGUGUUCUAUUUGCUUCUUUUUCAUGUUGGAGUGGGUUGUAAACAUAGCUCCAUUGUGGCAUUAAGGAGUUUCAAGUUAGUUUUCAAGAAGUUUGAGAAAGUCAGAGCUGAUGGCUGCACUAAUGGAGAGCUGAACAACUUAAAAUACGAAGCAACGAAGGCUGAUGGUUAUUCGGUUGGAACAUUCCGGUUGAUAUCGGUGGCAGAUGCUUUGGACAUCAUCGUUGUCCACCACUUAAAGGAUUUUGGAGUUAUAUUUAACAACAAGUUCUUUGUGUGUUAAGAGUCACAAUAUCCACAUUUCGAGGAGAUGAAAGUGGUGGCUGCUACUUACUAGGUUGAGUUCUAUUGUGAGAAUAAUCUUGUUCGAGAGUAAGUGUGAUACAAACUAAAAGUUAGCUAUUGCCCUUCUUUUUAUUACUAUUGCAUGCACACAUCUUUCCAUUAGGAGCACCGUUAAGGUCAGACAAUAUUAUCAUACCAUUUCUUUAUUUUGAUCGACAAGACAAUUCAGGUUCCUCAACGGUUGAUGAUUGCUUCAACUGUGGAUUUGAUAAUGGAUCAUGGAUGUGCUUUCUUUUAUGAUCUCCAAGGUCCGAGAUAAUGGGAGAAUUUUUGGCUUCUUCGUGGAUGAGGAGUGCGGUGGGGGGGGGGGGGGGAGGUCACUCAUUUACUGUUAGCUGAUGACACUUUAAUUUUUUGUGAUCCUGAGUACAACCAGGUGGUUAACAUCCUCGCUACACUUGCUUGCUUUCAAGCAGUUACAGGUCUCAUAAUCAACCUGGAAAAAUCAGUCAUGUUCACUGUUGGAGAUGUGCCUAAUCCUGAUUUUUUUGCUUCCAUUUUUGGAUGUAAUUGGAGUGCUGAGGCUUCAAGGUACUUGGGUUUUCCUCUUGGGGCUAAGCCCAAUGCAGUCUCUUUGUGGGAUCCUAUUGUGGACAAAUACCGGAAGAGGCUCGAAGGCUGGAAAGGCAGGUAUCUUUCUCUUGGUGGAAGAUUGACCAUGAUCAAGGAUGUUCUUUCUAAUCAGUUGGUAUACUACUUCUCUCUCUUCUGUGCUCCGUCUUCGGUUAUAAAAAACCUAGAAAGUAUCCAAAGAAGGUUCCUGUGGAGCGGCACAAGUGAUAGCUAGAAAAUGGCUUUGGUCAAUUGGGACAUUUGUAAAGCUCCUCUCUCUAAAGGAGGGCUUGGGAUUCUGGACCUAGCAUCUUUCAAUAGAGCCAUGUUGGGGAAGUGGCUUUGGCGCUUCUGUACUGAAAGGGACAACUGGUGGAGGGCAUUAAUUAACAACAAAUAUCCGAAUCAGCUCUCGGAGUGGGGUACUGUAAGAUGUAGGCAAGGUUUCUCAGGAUCGGUGUGGGCUAAUAUCUCCAAAGAGUAUGACACUUUCUGGCAGAUGACUAACAUUGAUCCCGUCAAUGGUGAUUGGGUCUCUCUGGCAUGAUAGUUGGAUUCCCGGAGUGGUGCUUGUCGAUGCUUUCCCGAGGGUUGCUGCUGCCUCUAGCUUUCCAAACGCCAGGGUCUCAGACACCAUAAUCCCUUCAGGUGAGAGUAUUAGUUGGUCUAUUCCUUUGCAUUUUAAUCUUAGGGGGGAGCGGAGGGAAAUGGUUGAUUUUAUGAAUUUGCUUAAUAAUUGGGGGUCUAGACGUGUAACUAGCGGGCCUCCUUGGCCGGUUUGGUUGCCCUGUCCGGAUAGCUCUUUCUCGGUUUGUUCUAUGUACAGGUUCCUAGCGGGUGAGCUGUUCAAAGGAGUCCCUGAGUUCCCUAGCGAGUCUGUUUGGCGCACAAACGGAUCCUCGCUCUUGAUAAUCUCAAGGCAAGGGGGUGGUUUCUAGCAAACAGAUGCGAGCUUUGUAACAUGGAUGAAGAAAAUGUCAGUCAUAUUUUCUCCCACUGUGGGUUUGUUAAGGAGGUGUGGAGCAGAAUGAAAAGGGUUUGUGAUAGCAUUGAGUUUCCUGCUAGCGACAUUAUUGAAUCUAUCAGGAGGUGGCCUAAUAAUCCUGAUGGUAGCUUGGACAGCUGGUUCCUCUUCGGAGCUCUACAUGCGUGUGUUGGCAGGUCUGGCUCGAAAGAAAUAGGAGAAUCUUCAAGGGUCAUCUGCUUCCAAGACUUGUUUCCCGUAAAGCACUUAGGGAUACUGUGGAGUGGGCCAUUACCUUUGGUAAGAUGGAUAGGGAUCACGGAAUGCACUGGCUUGAGGAUAAGUUGAAGUGUUGUUAAUCAGUGCUUUCUCCCUGAGAGUUGGAUGGUUGUGAGCUGCUGCUUGUGUGUGGUUUUUCGUGGGAUGCUGCCUUGGUUUCCUGUCUUGUGCUUUUUCGGCUGCCUCAGAUUGCUUUGGUUGCUGCUCGAUUUUUCGCCCUGUCUGCUUUGCAGUGUUGCUGGGUUCCUUUGGCUGAUUGCGAUGCGGUGUGGCACUAGCAGGAGUGGCUCGGUCCACUUAGCUAGUUGUUGUUUUGUGGCGUCUUUGCCUCUUUUCUUUCUUUUUUUUUUUUUUGCCCGGUUGUUUCUUUGCCCUCUGUACUUUCUCGGUUGCACUUUGGUGCUCCUGGUGACUUUUUUGUUUUCUGGGGAAGUUGGGUUCAUUUUCUUGUGAACCCUUUCUUCCAUGACGCUUUGUUUGUUUCCUUUGUUUCCUUUUAUUUCAAUUCAAUCACCUUUAUUAAAAAAAAACGUAUACAGUUCCUAUGUUUUUUGUUUGUUUGUAGAUGUAAUGAAUAAUUUUGAUGGAG